AUGUUGCCAGAAUGCGUAAUUCGGUUCCUUUGCCCCGAUGUCACAGAAAUUCCUGUGGAGGACUUGAGGCGCUUCGAGAAUGUGCUGAGCGCCGACCUCUCGGAGCAGGAGCUGGUGGCAAGCAUCAAGAGAUAUUUGUCGGAGGUGAACAAAGGCCUUGGCCUGGACCGAGCCAAGAAGCAAGACUUUGCCGCGAAGCUGGCGAAACAUCCUUGGUUUCCACACACAGGCUAUGAGGUGCGCUAUCGCCCUGCGGCCAACUCCGUGGAGAUUGCGCUGAGUCCAGCAGCAAGGGCGCAGAAGCGCCAGAAAAUCACGUAG